AGCGCACAUGCGCAGACCGUCGCGGCGUGUCACGCGUGUGGAGGAGGUGCAGGCGGUGCCAGAGCUGUAAAUCCUUCCACGGAACCGGCAGAAACUGCGCUCUAAUUCCCACUCGGCACCAUGUCGUGGCUGUUCGGACUGAACCGGGGCCAGCCGGAGCCCCCUCCCGGUGGACCGGCCAUGCCUCCGCCGCCUCCUCCGCCGGCCGGAGGCUCCGGCGGCGGGGGAGAUAAACCCAAGGACAAAUGGAGCAACUUCGAUCCCACCGGGCUGGAGCGGGCUGCCAAUGCGGCGAAGGAGCUCGACAAGUCCCGACACGCCAAAGAAGCUCUGGAGUUGGCCCGAAUGCAGGAGCAGAGCACUCAGCUGGAGCACCAGAGCAAAAUGAAGGAGUAUGAGGCGGCGGUCGAGCAGCUCAAAGGUGACCAGAUACGCAUCCAGGCUGAGGAGAGGAGGAAGACUCUGAAUGAGGAGACCAAGCAGCAUCAAGCGAGAGCUCAGUACCAGGAUAAGCUGGCCAGGCAGCGAUAUGAGGAGCAGCUGAGGCAACAGCAAAUCCUGAAUGAGGAGAACCUUCGCAAACAGGAGGAAUCCGUUCAGAAACAGGAGGCCAUGAGGAAAGCCACAAUCGAGCACGAGAUGGAGCUGAGGCACAAGAACGAGCUGAUGCGCAUAGAGGCAGAGGCGAAAGCUCGGGCCCGCGUGGAGAGGGAGAACGCCGACAUCAUCCGAGAGCAGAUCCGCCUGAAGGCGGCCGAGCACAGGCAGACCGUCCUGGAGUCCAUAAAGACUGCCGGCGCCGUGUUUGGAGAAGGAUUCAGGGCCUUCGUGUCCGACUGGGACAAAGUUACUGCCACGGUGGCAGGGCUGACCCUGUUAGCCGUAGGCGUGUAUUCAGCCCGAAACGCAACAGCGGUGGCCGGGCGCUACAUUGAGGCCAGGCUCGGAAAGCCGUCUCUGGUGCGGGAGACGUCCCGAUUCAGCGUGGGAGAAGCCAUCAAGCAUCCCGUCAAGACGGUGAAGCGACUGAAGAGUAAACCUCAGGAUGCUCUCGAGGGAGUGGUGCUCAAUCCUUCCCUGGAGGAACGUGUGCGCGACAUCGCUAUCGCCACGAGGAACACGAGGCAGAACAACGGCCUGUACAGGAACAUCCUGAUGUACGGCCCUCCUGGGACGGGAAAAACCCUGUUUGCCAAGAAACUGGCAGUGCAUUCUGGGAUGGAUUACGCUAUAAUGACCGGCGGCGAUGUAGCACCCAUGGGUCGGGACGGCGUGACGGCUAUGCAUAAAGUGUUCGACUGGGCCAACACAAGCAGACGCGGGCUGCUGCUUUUCGUUGACGAGGCCGAUGCAUUCCUUCGCAAAAGGGCCACUGAGAAGAUCAGCGAAGACCUCAGGGCCACUCUGAACGCCUUCUUGUAUCGCACCGGCGAGCAGAGCAACAAGUUCAUGCUGGUGUUGGCCAGUAACCAGCCCGAGCAGUUCGACUGGGCCAUCAACGACCGAAUAGACGAAAUAGUGAACUUCGCUCUGCCCGGCCUCGAGGAGCGGGAGCGCCUGGUGCGAUUGUACUUCGACAAAUACGUGCUGGAGCCGGCCACCGGAGGGCGACAGAGGCUGAAGCUCGCACAGUUCGAUUACGGCAAGAAAUGCUCGGAGAUCGCCAAGAGGACGGAGGGCAUGUCGGGAAGAGAGAUCUCCAAGCUGGGCGUGGCCUGGCAGGCUGCAGCGUACUCCUCCGAGGACGGCGUCCUGACGGAGGCCAUGAUCGACGCUCGGGUCGACGACGCCAUCAAGCAGCACCAUCAGAAGAUGGACUGGCUGCGUGCGGAGGUGGAGGCAGCCAAGAGCCUCACGCCUCCUCCUGCCGGGGCGGGAGCCAUCGCAGGAAAAAUGGGUUUCACUCUCCCUCUGAAGGACGCGCCUCAAGCUCAGGAGUCGAUUGCCGCAGUCCUCGAAGUAAACGCACGACCCGAAUCGGCGGAGAAACGGGCCAGCCAAGUUCUACCAGACUGUGCAGAUGCUGCUAAACCAGAAGCUGAGGCCACAGGCGAAGGUGUAGCUGAGCCCGACAGCGAAAGCAAGCCAGGAAAACAGGAGAAGACUGCCUCCUCUCCUCCGAAGGACGGGACUCCAGUCUGAGUUUUAGCAGAGCUGUCGUCGUUGGAGAGAUUAGCGUCGUGCCGUCUUAGCUAACUGGUCUGAAGGUUCAUGUCAAAGCUGGUCAGACUGUCUACACGACACAAGAUCAGCCGACGGUUGGGAGAGAUAUUUAACGUUUCGUAACACGACUGAUGCCUGAAUCUUUCAGUUUUCAUUCUAUCAAAUGUAUACACUGUAAACAUGCAGUUUACAUAGAAACAAGACAAUGUUUGUCAUUACACUAUUAUAAAUGUUGUGCAAAGUCUCUGUAAGGAAAUAUUAAAAACUUUUCUAACAAGGAAACAUUUUUUUUUCAUGUGCAAAUAUUCAUUUUGUGCUACAAAAAUCAGCUGUUUGGAGAAUAAUCUCCCGUUUGUCGAGCAGUGAUUGGCCGGAUAUCUGAUCAUCUAAAGCUAAAGCAGUAUUUUGUUCUUUCAAAUAGAGGAGAUGGCAUCAGAACCGAGAUUUUGGCUCAUUUUUGGUGUCCACCAGGGUUGAGUGUUGGGGACCAGGCUUGUUUAUUUUAAAUUGAUAAUAAAUACAAAGUGUCAAACA